UCAUAUUCUGGCGUCAAGCGCGCAAACAACUUCUUUAAUCAAUACGAAAAUGUUCGUUGGGCAUAAAACAAAAAAUAGAAUAAUAAUAAAAUAUCGCCCGGUGUCAUUGACAAGCCAUGUUCAAUAUUUAUUUCUUUGCAUACAAUUUUCUGACACUGAUUUCAGUAACAACUUCGAGCCGUAAGGAAACAAAUCGCCAGCAUAUUCUAAAUAUUUCAUAUUUUACGUUCAUUAAUUUACAUAAAUUACGGCAGUUCAGUUAAAUUCAAGCGAAACUACAAAAUAAAAUAAAAAUGAGUGUGAUUUUUGCGGCAGUCAAGUGUUUCGUCUUCGCUUUCAAUUUCUUUAGUUUGUUACUGGGCAUUUGUAUUGUUUGUUUGAAUAUUUUCGGUUUGGAGUUUGCCGUGCCAAAUACCGAUGAGCACACAUACUGCAUAGUUGGUAUCAUAUUGGGCUCAUUCGUAUGCAUGGCCACAUUAUUCGGCUGUUAUGGCGUCAUCUGCGAGUCGUUGGGCGUCAAUGUGAUUUACUCGUUCUUUAUGCUGAUGUUGUUGUGCACGCAGUUGUUGCAAAUGCAGACGUAUAAACAUCAGAAAUUCUUCAUAAAUGCGCUGGAUCUAUUGGAGGAUGCCUGGGAUGAUGUGGAUGUGGAUCCGAAUGGAAUGCAGUCGGUAGAGAUAAAUUAUCACUGCUGUGGUCUCUACAAUUCCAAUGACUACAAGUACAGACGUAUGGAGACGCCCGCGAGUUGUUAUCGCUACCAAAAUGUCACGCUUGAAUCGAAUUUAUUUUCGCGCGGCUGUGUGGAAGCACUGGAAACGUCAUAUCACAAGACCAUGGAGCGUGAAAAUAUUUUCAACUGGUCAUUAUUAAUCUGUGAAUGCGCAGUCUUCCUCUACUCGUGCAUACUCAGUAUUUUGCUUUUCAAGCGCACUCAGUCAACAGUUCACACAGCUGAGGAUGGUCAUCUGCCACCGCAGCCGGUGCAACGCAUCAAUCAUUGCAAUUCUCGAACUCACCUGUUGUCUAACUAACUAAAUGGUAGUAAAACAAGUAUGAAAUGCAAAAGUCUGGUAAAAACUAAUUUUUUUAUUCAAAUUAUACGUAUUAUAUAAAAUUUCAAAAAUACUGUUAUAUACACUAGUACCAACAAAUUAUAGGUUAUCUUAAAUUAAUUAUUGAUAUGUUGUAUAAACAUAUAUAUAUAGUGCAUAAUAUAGGUAUGAAUAAACUAUUUUAAUUAAAAUAUGUUUGUAAAUUCACAACAUGCUACUGCUUUCACACAUCUUCAUUU